CAGACAACAAAGGCCACAGAGAGCGAGAGAGAGAGAGGAAGAGGGAGAUGAGGACCUUCCAUAGCCAGAGCCGGAGCUCUGCCUCCAGCAGCCCGAGCAGCGUCAGCAGCACGGCCAGCGGCACGCUCACUGCCCUGCUCAUACUCACCAUCCCAGUGUGCACGUGUGCUCCAGCAGAACUUCAGCAAGCCAUAAAAGAUCAGAGGCAGCUACUCAGCCAGAUAGACGCUGCGUGCUCAUCCUACCUCUCUGCAGACAUGAAGAUUUGGGCAUCUGAUGUCUUAGAAGAACUCUGUGUCUUGAUGCUGUUUCGGAAGUCAAAGGAGAUGAAAGUGCAAGAAAAAAGUAAAAGGACCCCUGUGUUGCACCCUCUCCUGCGUCUAGUUUCUCAACUCCAUACCAGAAGAGAGAGAGGACUCUCAAUGCGCGGUGAAGUCCAGGGACCUGGAGGAAUCCAGAGCAGAGGUUACUUUCUCUAUCGGCCACGAAAUGGAAGACGAUCAUUGGAGUAUGAGUAAAAUUAAAGUCUGAAGCAUAAUGUACAGAGACAACAAACCUGAUACCCGAGCUGCUGCACCAUGACUGAGAGAUCCAGACCUUACCCACAGCCAUCCGCCACUGAUGUAUAGUGAUGUUUAAAUGUACACCAAGAAAAUGAAUAAAAUACUAUUCAUUUGUCCAGAUAAUUUGUUGUGUUUCAUGUGUCAUUUGCAUGAAAACUGCUAUAAUGUCAGGUGUUGUUGUGUACCAUGUCUGUUACACAUUAUGAAUAUGAAUGUUUCACUGCAUUGGUUCAACAGGAACUGUAGCCUUUGCAUACAUUAAGAUACAUGCAUAAACGCUUGCAUAUUGUCAAAUAAACACACAUCGGGAAUAUUGCAAAGAAAAAUAAAGCAUUUUUUUUAA